AUGGCCAAUUUACCUCACUCUUUCUCUGUGAACGCCGCAUCCGGCAGUACCAGCUCCAUUCCCGGUGAAGGAGAGAAUGAUCGGAGGAAAAUGCAGUUAGCUGAGAGAUUGGUAAAGGAUAUUAUCAAUCCUCGUCUUAGAGAGAACGCUCUUUCUGAGUUGGCCAAGAAGAGGGAACAGUUUCAAGAUUUGGCUCUAAUGUUGUGGCAUUCUGUUGGUAUUAUGGUUGUUUUCUUGCAGGAAAUCAUGGCUAUUUACCCUGCACUAUCACCUCCUACUCUUACUUCAUCUAAAUCUGCUCGAAUAUGUAAUGUAGUUGCACUCCUCCAAUGUGUAGCUUCGCACAAACAUACAAGAAAUUUAUUUAUAGAUGCUAACAUUCCUGCGUAUCUGUAUCCAUUUCUCGAUACCAAAAGCAAUUUAAGGCCUUUCGAGUACUUGAGACUCACUAGCUUGGGCGUGAUAAGUGCCAUGGUCAAGGUUCAUGAUCCUAAGGUUAUUGAUUUCCUUAUCCAAUCCGAGAUAAUGCCAUUCUGCUUAUCUGCGAUGAAAAUAGGAACAGAGUUGUCGAGGACUGUCACGACAUUUAUUGUUCAAAAGAUUCUGCUCGAUAAUUCUGGCCUCAAUUAUAUUUGUGCGACGUCUGGUCGUUUCUUUGAAUUGGCUAGACAUUUGGAGAUUAUGGUUACGGUUGAACAACCUUCGCCUCGUUUGCUCAAACAUGUUGUUCGAUGUUAUCUUCGUCUGUCUGAGCACCAAAUGUACAUUUAUUGUCAUUUUGUUUUGUUUUGUAAUUAA